AUGGCUCAAGAGAAGGCCGCCGUCACCACCGGCGCCGACGUUGGCGAGGCCGUCAGGAGACGCGCUGCCGCUCCCCCGCAAGGCGUCCCGGCUACGAGGCCGGAGAUAGAUGACAAGAAGAAGUUGGUGAAGAAGGAGCAAUCGAUUCUCCAAAUUCUCGACGAGUGGGAGUUCAUCAUCGCCCCAGUUAUCUUCACGGCCCUUGCGUUCUUCACAAGACUCUACAAAAUUGGCUUGUCAAAUAUCGUGACCUGGGAUGAGGCUCACUUUGGCAAGUUCGGCUCGCAUUACCUGAAGCACGAAUACUACUUUGACGUUCACCCUCCCCUGGGCAAGCUCCUCGUCGGGUUGUCCGGCUACCUCGCCGGCUACAAUGGAUCGUUCGAGUUCAAGUCUGGCGAAAAAUACCCCGAAGAUGUCAACUAUACUUUCAUGAGACAGUUUAAUGCCUUCUUUGGUGCUAUUUGCGUACCCAUGGCUUACUGGACUGCAAAGGAACUGAAACUGAGGCGCCCCGCUGUCUGGUUCAUCACCUUGAUGGUCCUCUGUGAGAACUCCUACACGACAAUCAGCCGCUUCAUUCUCCUUGACUCGAUGCUGCUCUGCGGAACGGUGUCUACGACGCUCUGCUGGGCCAAGUUCCAUCGUCUCCAGAACAAGAGCUUUGAGCCUGAGUGGUUCUUCUGGCUGUUUAUGACUGGUCUGAGCAUCGGCUGUGUGACCAGUGUCAAGCUCGUUGGACUCUUUGUCACUGCCCUGGUUGGACUGUACACGAUUGAGGAUCUCUGGAACAAGUUUGGCAAUGUCAAGAUGCCAGUAUUCGAGCUCGGCGCUCAUGUCGCAGCACGAGUUAUUGGACUCAUCAUCCUGCCAUUCCUGGUCUACAUGCUGAGCUUCGCCAUUCAUUUUGCCGUCCUUACCAACAGUGGUCCGGGUGAUGCUCAAAUGAGCUCGCUUUUCCAGGCCAACCUGAAAGGAACCGAGGUUGGUCAGAACAGCCCGCUCGAGGUUGCCUAUGGGUCGCGUGCAACCAUCAAGAAUAUGGGUUAUGGAGGUGGUCUUCUUCAUUCUCACGUGCAAACUUAUCCCGAGGGAUCUACCCAGCAACAGGUUACUUGCUACCACCACAAGGAUGCUAACAAUGACUGGUUCUUCUACCCCAACCGUGGUGAUGCCGAUUACGAUGAGAAUGCCGAGCCCAGAUUCAUUGGUGACGGCGAGACCAUUCGCCUGAUUCAUGCCCAAACCGGCCGCAACCUUCACUCUCAUGAGAUCGCCGCUCCUGUCACCAAGGCGGACAAGGAAGUCUCCUGCUACGGCAACCUUACUGUAGGCGACGACAAAGACCACUGGAAGAUUGAGGUCGUGAGAGAUGUUGCCUCGCGUGAUCGAAGCAAGAUUCGCACGCUGACCACUGCCUUCCGCCUGAAACACCCAGUCAUGGGUUGCUACCUCCGCGCCGGCAAUGUCAAUCUGCCUCAGUGGGGUUUCCGACAGAUUGAGGUUACCUGCACCAAGGACAACAAUCCUCGUGAUACCUACACCCACUGGAACGUUGAGGCGCACUGGAACGAUAAGCUACCUGCUGGUGACCCGGGUCAAUACAAGUCACCCUUCAUCCACGACUUCAUCCAUCUCAACGUCGCCAUGAUGACUUCGAACAAUGCCUUGGUUCCGGAUCCUGAUAAGCAGGAUGACCUGGCCUCUCAGUGGUGGCAGUGGCCCAUCUUGCAUGUCGGUCUACGUAUGUGCGGCUGGGAUGACAACAUUGUCAAAUAUUUCCUGCUUGGCAACCCCUUCGUCUACUGGGUGUCUACGGCGUCUCUCGGCGCCCUGGGACUGCUUGUUGCUUGGUACCUCGUUCGUUGGCAGCGUGGGUACAAGGAGCUUUCUCAGGCGGAGAUUGACCAGCUCCAUUACUCUGCUCUUUAUCCUAUCAUUGGAUGGGGUCUCCACUACCUGCCGUCUGUCAUCAUGGCUCGUGUCACAUAUGUCCACCAUUACUACCCGGCGCUGUAUUUCGCCAUUCUGGUUCUCGGCUUCCUUGCUGAUUGGUUCCUAAGGAACCAACGUAAGGCCGUCCAGUACGGUGCCUACGCCGUGCUGUAUGCCACUGUCAUUGGGCUGUACAUCUACUUUAUGCCCAUCUGCUGGGGCAUGACUGGCCCGAACAAGCAGUACAGCUACAUGAAGUGGUUCGAUACCUGGAGAAUGUCUGAUUAA